AGAUAGAAUGUCUAGCCUGGUUUGAGAAGAUAAAGGGAAACAUGAAAAUGUUUCUUUUGCUCAGAAAUUAGGAUGAACCAUGUAUUACUGUUGAUAACACUUGGUGUCGUUUCUGCAUCUUGGAAUCCAGCAGAAGAAGGUCCCAGCACACCUGGAGGAUUUGGUUUAAGAAGUGCCAGAAAACUAAACUCUGGAUUUCUUGAUCUAUUCAGUAGCACUGAGAUAGUUCCAAGAUCUGCAAAAGCUGAAGUUAAGAAGAAAGCCGAGGAUCGGUCUUUCCAGGUUGGGACUGUAACUCCAACCCCAAAGUCCUUUUCUGAAAUAUUUACACCUCGAGCACCUUUAGGAAAUCCCACAAAUCAACAAACCAAUCCCAAAUCAAUUAUUAAAUUAAAAGAAUUAGAAGUAGUUGUACUAGGUUACUUAUAAAUUUAUGCACUAUAAUUGUAUCUCUUAAACUUUAUCUUCGUAGUUUAUAAUUCUCAUCAUUUCUUAAUCCCCUCUACCCCAUGUCUGAAAACACAUUUUUAAACAUAUUUCAAAUAAUGCAUGGCCCAUGGUGGUUCAAUUUAAAUUUACUGGUUUUGGUCAGGGUGCCUUUACUUUCGCACCCAUAAUCAUCAUUUUAAAAAAUAAAGGGAAUUCAAGCCAGAAGUUGAAGUCGUAC